AUGGCUCCUAUAGAGGUACCUAUCUCGGCUGCACCCGCUGUACCCACCCCUACCAUAUUUACGGUACCACCAGGGGUACCACCGACAUACCCGACACCUGCUCCGAUAGAGCCUACUGUGUACCCGGUACCACCGCCACCUGGACCUACUGUGUACCCGACACCAGUGGCACAUGCGCCCCCCAGUGCCUACAAUGUACCCAACACCCGCACCAGCGGUACCGGUUGCUCCAUUUACGGUACCACCACCUACCAUACCUCCAGCCGCGGGCAUUCAUAUCGACCCUGCAGUACCACCAGUGGUACAUGCUCCAGCUUAUGCAGCAGUACUGGGAGUACCUCCCCUGGUCUAUCCAGUGGUAUUACUUGUACCACCAGCUCCGGGGAUUCCGCCAGUUCCCGCGACGAUCCCUACCCACCUCACGGAUAUUGUCAAGACAUGAGCCCGGAUUCCAGCAUUGGCAGAGUCGAUAAAGAGUCGAUUCACAUUAUUCCGCGGGGAGACUGA